UAUAAAAGACCUGACCAAGAGUAUGAAAGUACAAUUUGAGUGUCACCUCUCGCAGUACACACAACUUUCCUUCAACAUGAACUUCUACAAACUGUUCUUCGUAGUGGUGCUGGCUCUGACCAUGCUGAUGAGCACACAGGCCGAGCCCAACCCUGAACCCAAAAUCAAAUGGGGAAAAGUAUUGAAAAAUGGAGUCAAAGUAGCCAAAAUUGGAGCGAAGGUUGCCGGUGCAGUUGGAACUGGUAUCAAGGUAGCAUCAGCUAUUGGCGCUCUAGCUGGUUAAUCUACUGUCCACAACUGUUUCCCUCAUGAUAAAUACAUAAAUAUUUGAAGAAAA